GGAAUUUUUAGAAUUUAAUGAAAUAUAUGAACUAUUCUCCUUAUCAUCAACAACUUUUUCACUUGGAAGAACACUCUGUGCCGAUAUGACAAUUACUCAGGCUGUCUGUGUUACGGCAAUUUUUAUGCUCAGCGGUUCCGAUCCAGCACAACUUGAUACUACAACAUUACUGGAAUCAUUUUCAUAUUUCCCUGCCGGAUGUUCCGUGCAAACGCUACAGCAUUAUUCGCAAAAUAUUGCGACAAAGAAAUUUCAAGCUUACGACUAUGGAUAUUUGGGCAAUUACAAACAAUAUGGACAGAUGACACCUAUUACGUAUGAUCUUAAAAAAGUUACCGCUCCCUUGGCUUUAUUUUACGGCGCCAAUGAUUUUCUUGCUCCAAAAUUGAGUGUCCUCGAGACAUAUAAACACUUGCCGAAUGUUAUUCUACUGAAGGAAAUUCCAUAUAAAUUAUUCAACCAUUUUGAUUUUAUAACAGCUACCGAUGUAAAAAUUCUAUUGUAUGAUCAUGUAACAGAACUACUUCGAAAAUUUGAUAAUUAGACGUAAACAAUCGAUAGUAAAUUUAUCUAUUAUACGUCUGAUAUUUUCUUGUUAAAAACAGUUAUCUUAUACUUUUGGUUAUAUUAUAUAUAAAAAAUCCAUGUCAGUUUCUUGUA